AUGUCUGAACCUGUGAAUGGCAUGGUGGGCUUGUGGAGGGAGGAGGAGGGGGGAGAAGGGCGGCAGCGUGAGUUUAUAACGCUAAGGCGAGGCAGACGGGGGCAUGACGUCAGCGAAACGCGAUCCGAAUACCGGGUUCGACCCCGCGACCUGUCUGAGCUCGCACCCGGACGGAUGAAGACGUGCAGUGUCCUCCGCAGCUGGCUCGGCCGUCCAGCUCGUCGCUCUCCUCGGCCGCUUGCCCCACUCUCCUCCUCAUCUCUGACCUCACCCGCUGUGGAGAUGCUCAUCGACUUUGAGGAGCUCCUCGCCGUUCCCUACGUCUCCCAGCCUACCGUCGCACACAAUCCUCUCCAUCAAUUUGACCUCUAUGUCCCCAAGUCCCCCUCCACCACCACGCAGGCCCCUCCCCUGAUCUGCUUUGUCCACGGCGGCGCAUGGCGAUCCGAAGACAAGGCCCAGCAUGCCCAGCUCGCACGUCGCCUCGCUGCCCACACUCGCUUCCCCGUCGCCAUCCCAAACUACCGUCUCUCCACGCCUGCCACGCCCCUCCGCCACCCUGCCCACGCCGAGGACCUCCUCGCCUUCCUCCACUUCGUCCUCACCUGGUCUGGUCCUCCGUCUUCGCCUUGCCCUUACGAUCCCACACAGCUCUAUCUCCUCGGACACAGCUGCUCCGCACAUAUGCUCACCUCCAUCUUUCUCCAACCACCCGAAUCCAUCUCCGACCCGUCCCCCAGUCCCUCCCCGCCUUCCUCGCCCGCCGCCUCCGAUCCUUCUUCGCCACCUCUGCCGCCCUCCCCCAUCCCCACUCCCGCCGCCCUCUCACCCUCCCCCGCCCUACUCGCGUCCACACGCGCACUCGUCCUCUCCGAGGGCCUCUACGACUUUGACACCCUCCUCCGCGCAUUCCCGGCGUACAAGUCCUGGUUCAUCGCGCCCACCUUCGGCCGCCUGCGCUCCUACACCCCUUGGAACACCGCGUCCUACCGCCCCCGCCCCGGCGGCGCACACCUCCGCUGGCUCGUCCUCCACUCGCGCGGCGACACCUUGGUCCACCCCGAGCAGAGUGCCCUCAUCUGGCGCCACCUCAAGGAACUGUACGCGGAGCCGCAGGACGGCGACGAACGGGGCACGGCGCGCAUGGUGUGCCGCGACUGGGACACGCUUACGGAGGAGCACAACGAUACGCUCGCCGGCGAGGUCUACCCGCGCCUCGUGGCCGAUUUUGUCCGCGAUGACGUCGCCUGGCGGGCAUCAGACAAAUGA